UUUAGUGGGGAAGAAAAGAAAAGAAAACGAGGAUAAUAGCGCAGAAAAUGAAAAUGAGAUGGCAUCAGAGGUAUGAAAGUUGAAAUGUAAAAAGAGCUGUAUUCUCAGUAAGGAAAGAAAUGGAAGUUUAGCGAUCCGACAUUGACAAAACCCUAUUUGCUGCAGAAUUCCCAUGAUCUCACCUGAUUUGGGAAGGUAAACGAUAGAAUAAUGAUAAAUAGUACCGUUGAUGACAACGGCCACGCCCAAAUUCCUGAUCAGCAGCAACAUCACUGCCACUGUUGCCAAUUUCAUAGUCAAAAUCAGCACAAGCCCGUACCCGUACCCAAGUGCCUACCAAAGCGCAUAAUUUUGGUUCGUCACGGCGAGAGCGAAGGUAAUAAAGACGACGCUAUGUACACCGUCACCCCCGAUUAUAGGAUCCCUCUAACUCCCAAGGGAAUUGAUCAAGCCAAGGAUGCUGGCUCUCGCAUUUUUGACAUCGUUUCUGAUAAUGGCUCUGAGGAUAACUGGAAGGUCUACUUCUACGUUUCUCCAUACGUGAGAGCACGUUCCACCCUACGGGAGAUAGGCAGGGCUUUUUCCAGACGGAGAGUUCUUGGCGUCAGGGAAGAAUGCCGAAUUAGAGAACAAGAUUUUGGUAAUUUUCAAGUGGCCGACCGCAUGAAAGUCAUCAAACAGACUCGCGAGAGAUUUGGCCGCUUCUUUUAUCGAUUUCCUGAGGGAGAAUCAGCAGCUGAUGUUUAUGACAGAGUUUCCAGUUUUCUUGAAUCUCUUUGGAGGGACAUUGAUAUGAACAGGCUCCAUCAUGACCCUAAUGACGAUUUGAAUCUUGUGAUUAUAUCUCAUGGUCUAGCUAGUCGUGUCUUUCUGAUGAAAUGGUUCAAGUGGACAGUUGAGCAAUUUGAGUAUCUAAGCAAUUUAGGAAAUUGUGGAUUUCGAGUUAUACAAUUAGGGCUUGGUGGUGAAUAUAGCUUAGCAGUCCACCAUACUGAAGAAGAGAUGCUGGAAUGGGGACUAUCCCCUGAAAUGAUUUCAGACCAAAAAUGGCGAGCGCAUGCUAGCAGGAGUUCAUGGAAGGACAAAUGCUCUUGGUACCUUGAUGCUUUCUUUGACCAUUUAGCUAAUUCAGAUGAGGAUGAUUAUGAUGAAGUGAAAUCAGACUUUUCUGACUAGUUUAGUGAUGUUUUUGGUGCAUUACUUGCAUUGUGUAGUUUGAUGAGUAAUGAAUUUGGCUAUUGACGGUGGUAGUUAUAGAUCCAUUCAGACUUUUAUGUAGUACUCCACUUUUGGGGGUUCAAAGCAUUUGAUUUUGUUGCAUUCAAUACCAAAAAUAUGGUGGCUCACGAGUAAGACCACUAAAACAUAUGUUUAGGCGUCCUAGAGUCGAAAACUCUUAAAACUUUGUUAUUAUUAUAUAAUUAUUCAU